AUGGGGAGCAACUCUGACGACCGCACGCCCACCAACGACGGCGCGGUCGUGCCGGGCAACUUCUGUGUACGGCCGCAAUGCGUUCAUGGUCUCGCUGCCGCCGCUGAUCCCCGUCGACCCGGUGAUCUGCUGGAGCGCCGGCAUACCGGUAGUGGCUGGGAGGAGGAGGAGGACGAGGUUGAGAGGAGGCGGACGGCGCAGGCGCAGACGCCGAAGGGAACUGUGACGGGGCGGGGUGGUGGACCCCCGAGGAAGAAGAGGAAGCCGAGCGAACCGUCGGAGGACCGGGACGAGGCUGUGGUGAAUUUGCCGUGCCCGAUCCCGCCGCCGAACCUCUCGUCCGACUUCCGCAUGAAGGUGACGCUGAGCGCGCAGUCGGCAUCGGUGGCGGUUGGGGGCGGCGGGUUUAAGAAGUGGACUAUGUUUGCUGGGGGUGUCUGGUCUGGGCAGCUGGGUUCUGGUGUUGUGGUUAGCGGCGGACAAGAUAGCCAGGACCUGGUCUACGGCAAGACGAUGGCGACGCAGGUCGAGGCUACACAUAAGCUGAAGACGGGGGACGAGCCGCCGGCGUACAUCGAAGUCAAGAGUCGCGGGUUCCGGACCGGAACCCGGGAGAUAAUGGAGGCACUCCAGGACCCGGAGAAGGCGGAGCAGGUUGACCCCCGCUUCUGCCAGUAUCGCAUAUUCAUCACGAUGAAGACUACGGAUGAGCGGUAUGCGGAUAGGGUCAAUGUCGUGCAUAUAGAGUAA